GCUGCGAGUACAGAGAGGGCCGUCCAAAUAUAGCAUAGUCAUGGAGCCUGAAAAGAUGUUCAUGUCCUUUGCGUUGCUUGCUUUCCUGGGUUUGUUUGCUUGUCUAUACAAUGCCUUGGUGAUGAAGCCGGAGAAGCUAAGAUCAAUCCUGAGGAAGCAAGGCAUUGUUGGACCGCCUCCUACCUUCUUGCUCGGAAAUAUCAAGGAGAUCAAGAAGGCUCAAAAGUCCCCAACCCAAGACGCUACCAUAACUCAACUCCUAGCCUCCCACAACCUUGCCGCUACUCUCUUUCCCUUCUUUGAAGAAUGGAGAAACAAAUAUGGUCAAGUGUUCAACUUCUCCCUUGGCAACACACAAAUAUUGUAUGUGAAUGAAUCUGAAGCUGUGAGAGAAAUAACCACAUGCACAUCUUUGGACUUGGGGAAGCCUACCUAUCAGUUCAAAGAGCGUGGCCCUUUGCUUGGCCAAGGCAUUCUAACUUCAAAUGGUGCUGUUUGGGCACAUCAGAGAAAAGUCCUUGCUCCACAAUUAUACAUGGACAAGGUUAAGGGGAUGAUAAAUCUUAUCACAGAAUCUGCGAUUACAUUGCAAGAGUCAUGGAAAAGUAGGAUUGAUGAAGAGGGUGGGGUGGCAGAUAUCAAUAUUGAUGAGGACAUGAGAAGCUUCUCGGGAGAUGUUAUCUCAAGAGCUUGUUUUGGAAGCAACUUUGCCAGUGGGCAAGUGAUCUUUCACAAACUAAGAGAUCUCCAAGAAGCCAUGUCUAGGAAAUGCUUGGCCACAGGGAUUCCUGGAAUGAGGCAUCUUCCUACAAAGAACAGAAGAGAAGCAUGGAGACUAGAAAAAGAGGUUCACAAUUUGAUACUCCAAGUUGUGAAGCAGAGAGCGGAAGGUGCAUAUGAGAAUGAUCUGUUGCAAAUGGUUCUUGAGGGUGCCAAAAACAGUGACCUAAGCCAAGCGGAAACUGAUCGGUUCAUUGUUGAUAACUGCAAGAACAUCUACUUGGCUGGUUAUGAGACCACUGCAGUCUCUGCCACAUGGUUGCUCAUGUUGUUGGCUUCAAAUCAAGAAUGGCAAGAACGCGUCCGCGCCGAGGUUCUUCAAGUUUGUGGUGGCCAGAUUCCAGAUGCUGACAUGCUCCGUAAGAUGAAACAGCUAACAAUGGUAAUUCACGAAUCGUUGCGUCUCUAUCCACCGGUGUCUGUGGUAUCAAGGGAGGCCUUCAAGGAUAUGAAAUUUGGGGGCAUAUUUGUUCCCAAGGGUGUGAACCUAUGGGUUAUGGUACUGACAUUGCACACGGACCCUGAAGUAUGGGGACCAGAUGCCUACAAGUUCAACCCAGAAAGAUUUGCAAAUGGAAUUACUGGGGCUUGUAAGCUUCCUCACUUGUACAUGCCAUUUGGGGUUGGACCAAGAGUGUGUCUUGGGCAAAACUUGGCCAUGAUUGAGCUCAAAAUACUAGUAGCUCUUAUUCUCUCUAAAUUUUCUUUCUCCCUAUCUUCCAAGUACUGCCACAAACCAGCAAUAAGGUUGGUCAUUGAGCCUGAGCAGGGAGUCAAUCUCUUAGUGAAGAAGUUGUGAUCAGCUCUCUCAGCAAUAUCAGCAUAUAGCAUUACAAAUGGUCCUACACUUUGGGCGAGAUUCGGCUUCGUUUCUGUUGGAAGAAAAAUAGAGUUGUUUCUUUCAA